AUGGUGUCCUUCCAGAAUUGGCGCGACCGCCGCUCGGCUGACAAGACGGCAGCCGAAUUCAAGUCUCCAGAGCCCGUAACCAAGACCUACAAUACUUCUAGCACCCGCACCGGGCAGCGCUCCAUGCCCUCAAGGCGCCUCCGGAUCCUUUGUCUUCACGGCUAUCACGGUUCAGCCUCUGUCAUGCGUUCUCAAGCAUCCUCCUUCGCUGGCGAAGUGGCUCCAUAUGCUGAUCUGGUCUUUAUCAAUGCCCCAUCCCUCGCCAAGGGAAGCUACGGUUGGUGGCAUGCCCGCUCCAACAUGGCCGGAGGCGGUGUUGUGUACUCUGGCUGGGGCGACACCAAAGCGAACCUCAUCGAUGUCUUUGCCAAGGAGGGUCCGUUCGACGGCGUCCUUGGCCUCAGCCAGGGAGCGGUCCUUACCAGUAUCCUCUGCGGCCUCAACGGUAGCCACGGUAUCAAGUUCAACUUCGCCAUGAUGGUUGGCGGCUUUUUGGCCAGCGAUACCGAGCUUGAAAAGCUGUACGAGCGCCACCAGAGGUACUCCCUCCCCUCCAUCCACGUUUACGGUCGCCGUGAUGGUAUCGUCAACCCCAGCGCAACCCUCGAGCUUAGCCGCGUGUUCAAGAACCCGACAAUUGUCGUUCAUGAUGGCGGUCACGUUAUUCCGCAACAGAGGGAUGCCGAGGCGAAGAUGGCCGCAUUUGUCGUGGAGCAGUGGGCGAAGGCUUGA